UCUCUCUCUUUCUUUCUCUUUCUCUCUCUAGUUCCAUUGUUCAUACGUGCUGAUAUUCGAUUGCUGCUAGUCAGCGAAAACGCUAAUGGCUUCUCAGAUCAUCAAACGCGUCCUUCGAAGCCGUACGUCGUCUCCCGUUGUUGCUAGGGAUCUCCCUCGCACUUUUCGGAGUUUCUUCUCUUCUUCCGCAUCUGAUUCCAAUCUAAUCCGUGCCACUCUCUUCCCCGGAGAUGGAAUCGGUCCCGAAAUUGCUGAAUCUGUCAAACAGGUUUUUACAGCAGCUGAUGUUCCUAUAGAAUGGGAAGAACACUUUGUUGGCACAGAAGUUGAUCCAAGGACUCAAAGCUUCCUAACAUGGGAAAGUUUGGAAUCGGUGCGAAUAAACAAGGUUGGCUUAAAAGGACCAAUGGCUACACCAAUUGGAAAGGGACAUAGGUCAUUGAACCUUACUUUGAGGAAAGAACUUAAUUUGUACGCAAAUGUUAGACCUUGCUACAGUCUCCCUGGAUACAAGACACGAUAUGAUGAUGUAAAUCUCAUCACCAUACGUGAAAACACAGAAGGAGAAUACAGUGGCCUCGAACAUCAAGUGGUGAAGGGUGUGGUUGAGAGUCUGAAAAUCAUUACUCGUCAAGCAAGUUUAAGAGUGGCUGAGUAUGCUUUCUAUUAUGCCAAGGCCCAUGGAAGGGGAAGAGUGUCGGCUAUUCACAAAGCCAACAUCAUGCAGAAGACUGAUGGUCUCUUUCUCAAGUGUUGCCGCGAGGUUGCAGCAAAGUACCCUGAAAUAACAUACGAAGAAGUUGUCAUUGAUAACUGUUGCAUGAUGCUUGUGAAAAACCCGGCUCUUUUUGACGUAUUAGUGAUGCCUAAUUUGUAUGGAGAUAUUAUUAGUGAUCUUUGUGCUGGUCUCAUUGGUGGGUUAGGUCUAACACCAAGCUGUAACAUUGGCGAGGGAGGUAUUGCUCUUGCAGAGGCUGUCCAUGGUUCCGCCCCUGACAUCGCUGGAAAGAAUUUGGCAAACCCGACAGCUUUGCUUCUGAGUUCGGUUACAAUGCUUCGUCAUUUGGAGUUACACGAUAAGGCUGAUCGGAUUCAGAAUGCUGUAAUCGGUACUAUAUCGGAAGGAAAAUACAGAACCGCGGAUCUUGGUGGAUCUUCAUCAACUUCAGAUUUCACCAAGGCAAUCAUUGAUCAUCUUUGAGGAAUGAAUAAUGUUUGUGUGUGUGCUCUUACCACAAAAUUGAUUAGAGCUACAUGAAUAAAUUGCUUAUGAUUAAAUUCUUUUUUAUUUUUUCUAUAUUAACAAUGUUUGAUUGUUAAUGUUUUCUUUUUUCUUGUCAUGUAAAAAAUAAAUGAGUGGUGGAUGGAGAAUUGAGAGAUCUCUCUCAAACUAUUUUGGAUAUUUUUUAACAGAUUGUAGUUUUUG